ACCAUCAUGGCGAUGAUUACAAUUUACGGGUGAUUUAGGGAGAAAUUAAGGGAAAUACGGUAUCAUUUGACAUUGUGUUGGAUAUUUUUGGGGUAGUUUUUGGGUUUUGCUCGUGUGAAACUGACGCAGUGGUUUAUGUAAGUAAUAAGGGGAUUAAAAUUCUGGUGUAAACAGAUUUUGUUGGACGAGAAAGAGACGUCGCCCGUUAAAAGAAAACGUUGGAAUCAGCACUAUGAGCUCAGGGAGACCGAUAAAAUGUGUUGUGGUUGGAGAUGGAACUGUGGGGAAAACUUGUAUGUUGAUAUCGUAUACGACCGACAGCUUUCCCGGUGAAUAUGUGCCUACAGUGUUCGACAAUUACUCAGCGCCAAUGGUUGUGGAUGGAAUACCAGUGAGUCUGGGGCUCUGGGAUACUGCUGGUCAAGAGGACUACGACAGGUUGCGUCCGUUAUCGUAUCCACAAACAGACGUCUUCCUCAUUUGCUUUUCGGUGACGAGCCCCUCGUCUUUCGAGAAUGUCACGAGCAAGUGGUAUCCGGAGAUAAAACAUCACUGCCCUGAUGCACCCAUGAUCCUCGUGGGGACGAAAAUCGAUCUGCGCGAUGAUCGGGAGACUCUUACUGCCUUGGCCGAGCAGGGUCUCAGUGCGAUAAAACGUGAACAGGGACAAAAAUUAGCUAAUAAAGUACGUGCGGUGAAGUACAUGGAAUGUUCAGCCCUAACGCAGCGUGGUCUGAAGCAGGUAUUCGAUGAAGCUGUUCGAGCUGUCCUCCGACCAGAGCCUCAGAAGCGUCGUCAAAGAAGAUGUGUCAUGUUGUAAAGAUAGAGUGUGCCAUAGGAAGACAGGAAUUAUAUCUGACGAUGAAAGAAAAUCAAUUAUUUCGAGACAAUAUCCACAUAGACAUGAAUUCAAGGAUGCGACGACAUUCUCAUCCCUCAAUCUGCAAAGACUGUAUUCGUGGGAGCAUUACUGCCACAUGACAAUGUACAUUAUCAAAGUCUAAAAGAAAAAUCAUCGAAUUGUCUCAAUUUUCACAGACAAAUCUCGUCAUUGGAAUUUAGCACCUAGAAUCUGAAUGAAAAAUACCUCGGAAUGUUUGAGAUUUCUGAAUUACAAUUAUUUUUAUAUUUCACCACUUGUGAAAAAAUUUGAAAAAAAAUCUGGCGAACUUAUUAGGGAAUUUUAUUACACCUCCAUUAAAAGUGAAAUGGAACUUGGAUUUUGUAAAGAACUUCAAUUGUAUUUUCUGUUGAAUUUCCGCAGUUAGACUUUUCUCUUUCAACUCAACGUUUUUUCAUCCACUAUUUUCUCUCCCCUGCAGCCCCACCAAAAAAUUCGAAUUUUUACAAAUGCAUACUUUAUUCAUAAGUGAUAUUCAUAAAAUUAAUAUUUCGAAAUUCCAACCGGAAAUUAACAAAAAGUGUAAUAGAAUCCAAUAAAAUUUUCUGGGGCAUUCGCCAGACUUUUUAAUGAAAUAUUUUCAUGGAUGAGUUGACGAUAUUGAUUGUUCGCCUGAGAAUAUUUCCCCACGAUAAACGGCCCCAUUUUUCCAAUCGACUAUAAGUAACGGAAAAUCAAAAACAGUUGUUUCUAGAUUUAACGCGAACAUUGGUAAAUAUUGAACGAAUCUAUUCAAGGCAAUUAACAAAACAACGAGGUUUUUAUAGUUUAUAAGUGACCCAGGACUAUUUUAAAUAUUCUCCACGUGAAUUUAUAAAUUUGCAUCCGGAUCCAUGGGGUCUCGAUUAAGCCAUAAGCUCAGGCAUGAAAACAAAAAUAGGAUAUUGUAUCAAUGGAAUACGGGCUGAGCUAGUUUCAGGUACCUUAGCAGUGAAUUGAUAUUCCUGUACUUGCAAACAUGCUAUUUUUUUAUAUUUAAAAAAUGCUUAGAGAUGCAAAUUGAAGUGGAAGAUUUCCACUCUUUUGCCUUAUUGAUAUCUAAAGAAGAUAACAUAUUCUAUACUGCGCGGGUCUCACCACACGAAAUUCAAUGAAUUGAAGAAUUACAAUUAAAUGAGUGAACAUAUUGAACUGGAGGCAUACAGAUGCUAUUUCAAUGUAUAUAAUGUAGCAUAGAGAAAUAUUGUAUUCUAAAUUUCAAUGAUUUUACUAAACUGUGGGCUUUUUGUGGAUUAUUGAUCAAUUAAUGAGACGCGCCAAUCAAAAUAAUCACGGUUAAAUUUGAUUUUUAUUCAUCUCGAAAGGCUUUCGUUCCUUGAAGCAUCACAUUUUUGUUUAAACAAUUUCAUUAUAAAAAUCAGAGAUUAAAGUUACGAGAGGUAUGAAAUUUGGUGCUCUUCCCAGACCUCCAGCAACUCUAUAUUCAGACUAUAUAAAAGAGAAUCUAUCAGCCCUCUCCUCGAAACAAAGAGUUUUAAAAAUUUUAUAGGCCAGACGACUGAACAAAUAAACAAGCAGAAAGCAUUACCUUAUAAUUAGAAUUACGAAAAAUAUGAAUUUAUCGUAUCAAAUCAUUAGCAGGAUACAUUUUUUUAGUGUAAGUAGUGGAUUUAUUUAAUAAUGUUGAUGAGUCGAUGAAAGCAGAGUGUCAUAAGUUGAAUAGUCCUUUGCGGAUAACUUUUCUCAUUAGUGUACUAGCAGCUACUGAAUUUUCAAAAUGUGCUUUAUAUUUGUUUUUAUUUACGAGAGCAUGACGCUCUUCAUAUCGAAUUAAACGUGCAGAACGAAAUAAUUAAUUAGUCGAGAAUCAUUUUGGACAAGUCAUUGGAGUAACCACAAUUAAUUAAGUGGACAAGAGGUAAAGGGUAACAAAUCUACUUACUCCACACACUUUUGGCUAUUUUAGGAAUUUUCUCUGUUCUCUGAAUUCGUAAUACUCUGGGUUUCAAUUUCAUUUGAGAUCAAUUUUUCAGCGAGAAAAUGAACGAUUGAUACUUUCAUGGCAGCUUGAGUUAAAUUGGAUCGCAUUACAAAAAUUAAUUCAUUACCGAAUUUUCUACUGACUUUUGUAUUGACUAAUAAAUUUCAUGUAAAAAUAAUUACCUAACGGAAUUACCUAGCGGAAUUUUCAGAGAUCUUGAAAUCUAAAAGAAAUGGAGAAAUUUCCGUCAAGAUCUCUCGUGUGGAAUGAAAUAGAAUUUACAAAAAAAGAUUUCCCCAAAAAUUUCACCAUCUCUCUUCAAUUUUUAAAGAUAUCUAAUGAAUUUGUCACUCUUCACCUCUUGAUUACUAACUUUUUAUGCUUACGCGGAAUUGCUACUAAACCAAAGUUACGUACUCAUGACAAUUAAUUGUAAUUUUUUAUAAUACGUAAUUACUAGAAAUGAUGCCACAGAUAAAUGAGUGAAUUAUGGAUUAUUCUAGUCAGAAUGAAGCUGCUUCUGAAUUUACUUUAUCAUAAUUUAGGGUUUGAUUUUUUGACGAACAGCUGGCAUUCUAACUGUGGUCGCUCCGAUGAUUGUAACAUAAGAAUUAUAUGAAUAUUGCGAAGAUGAAUAUGUCAUUGUGGAACAUGAUCUUGAUUUUUGUAGCACAAAGGGAAAUAAGAGUUGAGUGUAACUCGGCUCAAUUUUUUAAAUGUGAAAGUGUGAGUUUAUCUGAACAAAUGAAAUGUCUUGCUUUCGUCAGGUUGUUCAUUCGAGGCAGCAAAUGGGAUGAAGUUACUAGUAAAGUUUCAUGUUAAAUUUCCGCCAUAGCAAUUGUGAUUCCGUUUUAACGAUUCCAACUUAGUAUUAGGAACAUGUCCUAUCAUGCUGCCUAAUUUUCCGUAUGUUAUUAUUCAAUUAUACGACGAAGAGGGGAAUAAAAAUUUAAUAUUCACUUUUAGUUUUAGUCUUAUUCUCACUGAGAGCCAAAACGAAUUACAAACGCAACUGAAUAAUCUCACAAAACGAAUGCAUGUUCUGUAAACUUACUAGGAUGCAUUUAUUUUUUAUUUAUAUGUAUUUUCAAGAUGAAACUUUUUAAAAUAUACAUUGUAAACCGUC